AUGCAGAAGCACUGCACCACCUGCCCAGCUAGCGCGAUGAGAGUGAUGGCCGAGGUGUUGCGGCAGGCGCGGGUGCUGUGGCCGAUCGAGGAGUCGGAUUCGGCGGUAUCCACCACGGUGAUCGUGCGGAUAGAGGCCAUCAAGGAUGCCAACCUGGACGACCUGGUCACCAUGCCAGGUGGCAGUGUAUGGGUCCUCCAGAAGAACAGCACCCAGGACGGUCAGGUCAAGAAGAUCAGCCUGGAGUCGGAGAUUGAUUGGUCGGUGAACAGGAUGCUGCACUUCAAGGCACACUCGACGGCGCAGCGCGCUUUCCAAGAAGCCGCGCUCACGGACGCGAGCCCCACCAGCAGGCGGAGCGCGUUGAGAAGGCCCAGCGGCGCGGGCAAGAAGAUGAGCCUCCCCGACGUGUUCGAGGAACAGAACACAACGCCCGCUCAGGCCUGCUUCAGCUGCCCGUUCGGGAGGCUCCAGGGCAUGGUGCGGGCCGCGCGCGGGGGCAGGUCGCCCCGCGGCGCGCCGAGAUGA